UAUUGUCUCGAGCUUUGAACAAUGGACAAAAACGCCGAUUUCGCGCCGCUGAACGCCAACAUUGUGCGCGCACUCAGCGACAAGCUCUAUGAGAAGCGGAAGGUGGCUGCCCUUGAAAUUGAAAAGAUUGUUCGCCAGCUGCAGGACAGCAAGGAUAGUAACAAGAUCGCUAAAGUGAUCACUUUGCUCCGACAAGACUUUGCCUUCUCUGCGAACGGCAACAACCGCAAGGGUGGCCUCAUUGGUCUUGCAGCCACAGCCAUUGCGCUUGGCCAGAGCAUCACGUUCUACCUGGAAGAGCUCAUCCCACCCGUGCUGUCGUGCUUCUCGGACCAGGACUCGCGAGUCCGCUACUAUGCUUGCGAAUCGCUCUUCAACAUUUCAAAGGUUGCGCGAGGGGACGUGCUGCCCUACUUUAACGAAAUCUUUGACGGUCUCAGCAAGCUGUCCGCCGACCCCGACUUGAACGUCAAGAACGGCGCCGAGCUGCUCGACCGUCUGAUCAAGGACGUUGUGACGGAGAGCACCAAUUUCGACGUUGAAAAGUUCAUCCCGCUGCUCAAGGAGCGCAUCAACACUGUCCACCCAUACGUGCGCCAGUUCCUUGUCAACUGGAUUAUCACUCUCGAUUCCGUCCAAACCAUCGACAUGCUGUUCUACCUCCCGCACUUUCUCGACGGCUUGUUCAAAAUUCUCAGCGAGCCCAGCAAGGAGAUUCGCAAAAUGACCGAGACUGCGCUUGGCGAGUUUUUGCGCGAGAUCAAGACGGCCUACGAUGUCAACUUUGCGGCCAUGGUUGAGAUUCUAGUCAAGCAUUGUCUUGCCACGGAUUACCUCACGCAGCUCACCGCCCUCAACUGGAUUCGCGAGUUUAUCGGACUCGCAAAGCGAAACAUGGUGCCAUUCAAUGCAAAGUUGCUGAGCGCCAUUCUCCCCUGCCUUGCGCACGAGAAUGAUGAAAUCCGCGACGCGGCCGUGCUCGUUAACAAGGCUUUGAUGAAGUUAAUUAGCGACACCGAGGAAGAGAUCUCGACGCGAGAGUCUCAAGCCAGCGGCAGCAAGGAGGAGCCGGCUGACGAUCACAUCAAUGCCACGGUCGAUGUUCUGACCCACCAAUUCAUCAACGAGUCGGUCGAGACACGCGUAGCGGCGCUUCGUUGGAUUUUGAUGCUCCACUCGAAGGCACCCAAGAAGAUUGUUGCGCUCGUGGAAGAAUUGUUCCCGGCCUUGCUCAAAACGCUGUCCGACUUUUCCGACAAGGUCGUACUGCUAGACUUGGAGGUCUUGGCCGAAAUCACUUCCUAUUCCCCCAAUGAAAACCGCAGCACGCCAGAGGCGACCACAGAGUACUUUUUGAACUUUAUGCGAAGCCUUCUUUCCCUGUUCAGCACAGAUCGCAUGCUGAUGGAGAAGCGUGGCCCAUUCAUUAUUCGCCAAUUGUGCCUGCUGCUCAAUCCCGAUAAGAUUUUCCGCGCUCUUGCGGAUAUCCUGCUUCGCGAGGAAGAUUUGGAAUUUGCUUCGCGUAUGGUUCAGUCUCUGACCCUCAUUCUUUUGACGGCUCCCGAGCUGACCGACUUCCGACAGCGUUUCAAAAACCUGGAGGUCGCGGCCAACCAAUCGCUCUUUGAAACCCUGUACAACUGCUGGUGCCACAAUCCAGUAUCCACGUUUGCCUUGUGUUACCUGGCCCAAGUGUACCCCCAUGCUUGCGAUCUCAUCCAACGAUUCGGUGACCUCGAUGUGACAGCUAGCCUGCUUGUGGAAGUCGACAAGCUGAUUCAAUUGCUCGAGUCGCCGAUUUUCACCUAUUUGCGAUUGCAACUGCUUGAACCUGAGCGACACCCGUUCCUCGUGAAGAGCCUGUAUGGGUUGUUGAUGCUCCUCCCUCAAAGUGCCGCAUUCAAGACCUUGUAUCACCGACUCAAGUGCAUUCCCAACAUUUACGCCUUCUCGUCUGUUCCUGCUGGACCCAAGUCUCCGGCUCCUGCUGCACCUGCUGCAGGGCGCGUGGACUUUGGCGCACUGCUGGCGCAGUUUGAUGCUGUUCAGAAGAAGCACGCACUCCCAACACGCAAAGCGCGUGCCGAUCGCGAGUCGCGUUGAUUUUGAUUUUCUCGAUGAGACCUGCAAAUUGUUUUUUAAAAUUGGAACAGCAAAGCCAGCAACAUGGUUAAUUUUGAUAAUACACGCAUCGUACAUG